AUAACGUUGCAAGAGGCCAUUGCUGCACGCCACUCAUCGCGCGUCUUUCUCCCCAAGCCCGUCCCGCGCUGCGUCCUCGACGAGGCACUGGAUCUUGCGAGGUACGGCCCGUCCAACACCAAUAUUCAGCCUUGGCGGCUCUUUGUUUUGACAGGAUAUCCCCUCAAGAAGCUCAAGGCGGCCGUUCUCGCAGCCGCCAGCGCGACCGACGAGCCUUUACGUGCCAUCCCGCCGCUGCCGGCCCAUUUGGAACCCUUGCGCAAGGCUUUCGGCGCGCAGGUCUACGGCACAGGCUUUGGCGUAGAGUGGAACGAUAAGAUCAGUCGACGGGCGGCGGUGCUGCGCAUGUUUGGGUUCUUCGAUGCGCCGGUUGCCGCAGUGGUGUGUGUAGACGAGGAGCUCGGCCGACCCGACGCUCUGAGUGUCGGCAUGUACCUACAGACGCUGCUAUUAGCGUUGACGGCACGGGGGGUCGGACUCAGCUGCAGA